UUUAUCUGGAUAUGGGAGGGCUAAAAUAGGCAGAAUAUAAAAAGCCUGGGCUAUUUACUUUUCCAUAGGACAGAAAGUCUUCAGCAGAGUGCAACAACAACAACAACAAAAAAAACUUCUACAAAUAUACCUACACCCAUCCAUUUCUUCAAAACUAUGGAAACCGAAAAAGGAGUGAAGGAGCACCUUCGAAUGGUUCUGGUCGGCCUUCAGGGGGUUGGGAAGAGUGCAGCAGGAAACACCAUUCUGGGCCGAGAAGAGUUUCUCUCAGACCUCAGCGCCACUUCUCUCACAUCCACAAGUGAACGGAGGGAUGCUGUUGUCUGUGGGAGGAAAGUGACUGUUGUGGACACUCCUGGCUUAUUAAACAGUGAUGCUUCUAAUACAAUUGUAGAGCAGGAGCUGGAAAGAUCCUUGACUCUGUGUGAACCCGGACCCCAUGCUUUUCUCCUCGUUAUUCAGUUGGGUCGCUUCACUGAGCAAGAAAGACGUGUGAUGGACACUCUCCAGAAGAUGUUGUGCUCAAAUGUGAAUUUGUUCACAAUAGUGCUUUUUACAUAUGGAGACAAACUUAAGAAUAAAAGUGUAGAUGAGUUUGUAAGGGAGGAUAAAAACCUGCAGAAACUGAUCCAAAAAUGUGGCUCACAGUAUCAUGUGUUCAAUAAUACUGACAGAGAAAACACAUGUCAGGUCAGUGAGCUCUUUGAGAAAGUGGACAGUCAGUUGGGAAAGAGAAACAAAAAAUAUUAUGUUAGGACAAACAAGGAGCAGGGAAAGUCCUGGAAUACACGCCACUUCUACAUUGUUGCUGCUGCGACUGCUGCCGCUGCAGCUCUGUUGAUGUAUGCAGCAUUUACUAAGACAACAACACAGAGUAAAAUCCCAGAGUGUCCUCUGAGUGCCCCAAGUGUCCCAAGUGAUGAGAUAGUAACAAAGGUGGAAGCAGAUGUUACUCAAAGUGAAACAUUUUGGGAAAUGUUGCACAGCCUGUUCAACAAGGACAACAAGAAGGUAUAUUUAAUUGGUUUAGUACCACUGUUUUUUAUUAUGAAGAAGCUGAUGAAAAAAUAGUUACUCAAUGAUAGCAAUACAGCAGGUACACUAAUUGUUUCAAUGAGACAGUUGAGAGAUUACAGAACACUUUGAAAUGUAGGUACACAAAUGUGAAUUUGAAACAUUGCCUGUUUGGAAGAAAGCAUGCAUAUUCACUAUAUGCAGUUGUCUUCUAUAAAACACAUGAAUCUGAAAAUGUAGAAACUAGUUGAUGGAAACGGUGUGUCGAAAUUUGAAUGACUCUGGUGUAAACAUUGUUUGUUAUUAAAUAAAAAACUGAACAGAAAGUUUGUCAUUAUAGAUUAUUAUGUUAUGAUUUUUUUGAUUGAGUUUGGCUGUGCUUGAAACGUGGAAUUAAAGGCAGUUAUUCUCAUUAGUUAUUUUUUCAAGGUGCAAACUUGAUUAAAGUUUGAAAAUCUCCAACUGACAUUCAUUGAAAGACACGGCAGUGAACAUUGUGAUCUUGAACACAUUUAACAAUUUUGUUAUCAAGAAAAAAUAAAUGUAUAAAACAUAGGCACAUAACCUCCUUGAAGAAUAACAUUUUCAACAGAUAUUAGUUUCAGAGUCAGACUUU